AAACUCAAGACCAAGGGGAAAUAACAGGAGGAUUGCGUGGAGACAGUGUUGAAUAGGUGUGAGGAGGAAGAGGAGGAGGAAGAGGAGGAGGAGAGCAGAAGUGGUCGAGGCUAACACUAACUCAGAUUCAGACUCAGACUCCUACAGCAGACAGAAACAUGGCUUUGGUGACGAUUGGACUGCAGCUCCAGCUCCUGCUUUACUCCGUCUCAGGCUUCUCACCUGGCGAGUUCAGUAACCAGAUCCCUUCACCUACAGUGCUGGCUCCACUAGAAGUCUUGAAAAGAUUUGACCCAUGUUGCCUACAGACUCCGCCUCCGCCGCCCCUGUUCCCGCCCCCCCCCAGUGCGUGGAGGAGAGGUCAGGUGUUUCCAGAAUAUGUGGAGGGUGAAAGAGGGAGAGGAUGUGAUGAAGAUGAUGUAAUACAACACUGUCUCGCUGGACCUCCUGGACCACCUGGUCCUGCUGGACCACCGGGCCAGAACGGCAUUCCAGGAGUACAGGGUCCCAAGGGAGAUAAGGGAGAUAUAGGUCGACCAGGAUCAAAGGGUCGCACUGGCCGGCCUGGUCUUCCUGGGAGGCCAGGCUCUGCGGGAUGGCCCGGGCCCGAAGGACCCAAAGGAGAGAAGGGAGACCAUGGACUGAUGGGAAGUCCUGGGAUGAGAGGACCAGUGGGAGCCAAGGGCCUGCCUGGAUACAAAGGAGAGAAGGGUUCACAUGGGGAACCAGGAGUUCCAGGUCCAAAGGGCGACAAGGGUGUAAGCGGACAUGCUGGCAUGCUGGGACAGAAGGGUGAAAUGGGACCAAAGGGAGAGGCUGGUGUGACAGGGAUGCGUGGUCCUACAGGACGCCCAGGCAAAAGAGGAAAGCAGGGAUCUAAAGGAGAGAUUGGUCGAAUAGGACCAAUGGGACCACUUGGCCCUGCGGGACCCAGUGGACAGCCAGGACCCCCUGGAGUUCCUGCCUCAGUGCUGUAUGUGGGGGGAGAGAAAGGUGAGAAGGGGAUGCCAGGUCCUCCUGGACAAUGUGAUUGCAGCUCCUUUGAUACGAAUGGCCCUGGUAGUGCAUCACUGCAGCGCCGUGACAAAUUCACCAAAGUUUCAGAGAUAUUUGUGGUGAACGGUGAGAAGGAACUGAGCGACCUCGACACAGAGAACGCUCUCGCUUUCUGCAAAGAACAGAAAUCUCUCUACUUUAAAGACACAAAUGGGUGGCAACCGAUUCAGCUGCUCCCACUCCAUGCGACAGAGAGGAAGAAGAGAGCAACAUGGAUGUGUGGGGAUGGAGAGGUGCAGCUGCUCAAUGGAGAGGAGUGUGAUGACGGAAACAAAGUGGUCACAGAUGAAUGUGUGGGCUGUAAAAAGGCUUAUUGUGGAGAUGGAUAUCGGCACAGCGGUGCUGAAGAGUGUGAUGGAAAGGACUUUGGCUAUCAGACCUGCAAGACAUACCUGCCAGGGACCUUCGGACAGCUCAGAUGCACCGAAUCCUGCAUCAUCGACUCGACCGGCUGCAAGUAUGUCACCUGAGCUCCUGACGCACGUGUGCAUGCAUGAGCACACAUACAGGUCAUCCUCCAGUGGAGCUCUCAUCAUGACACACUCUCACUGCGGAGCUGUUUAAUAAAAAUUAGGACUGUAUUCAUUCAUUUUUGUUAAUAUAAAUACAUUUAAUAUUAUUUAAUAAUUCCCCCAUUUCACUGUCCUUAGAAGUGUGUGUGUUUGUGUGUGUGUGUGUGUGUGUGUUUGUGUGUUUUUGUGGGUGUGUUUCUGUGUGUGAUUGUGACUAUGUGUGUGUGUGUGUCUGAACACAGAAGAAUGCUAUAUUUUUGCAGUCGCUAAGCUUUAACUGAUUAAUGCGUUCCUCAAAUGAGGACUAUCGUUAUCACCGUGCUGUAUGGAACCCAAAGUAAUAUGUGUAUAUGGAUCAAAUGUGAGACGUCCAGUUUUAUAUCUUCAAAGCCUGUUCAUUUUUCAGAAAAUUAAAUUUACAAGUGAUUCGCUGAAAUUUUCUGAAAACCAUUCUUUGGUGUGUAAAUAUAUAGUGCAGGCAAAAAUUACAGAAUAUUUUACCACUGCAUGUAUUGUUCUAGCUAUAACUGCUGUGUUGAAUUGUGUGUGUGUGCGUGGGCACGCUAAAAGAGCCAGAAUGCUCAGCUUUAUUAUUAUUACUAUUAUUAUUAUUAUUAUUAUUAAUAUACUGCAAGUACAAUAAAAUGUGAUUCAGUAUA